AACAUGUUUUUAUCAGUGUGUCUGUGUCUGUGUCUGUGUCUGUAACAAAGCCUGUUUUAUCCUUCACCACCACACAUAACAAUAAACGAAACAAAGAAAGAAUAACAGUCAACUCCAUAGUCUUCUACUGCUGACUCUUGCUACUCUUGCUCUUGGCUCUGGUUUUUCUUUUCUGGGAAUUGUUUCUUUGUUCCAAUGCAUCUCUAUAAUGCUUGGCUUCCACCACAUGUGGCUGAGGAAACUAAGAAAGAGAAGGAAUCGUUUGCAAGGGUAGUGAGGACUGUCAACGAGUUGUAUCGACCUGAUGAUCCUGAUUCUGUUUAUGCAACUCUCACAUGGAUACCUGUCAUCAAACUUUUCAUACAUGCUGAAAGUGAAGUGGCUUUAGAAGAUGUUGACACACUAGUCAAAAUUGGGUUAGAAUUGUUUCAUGUAUCACAAAACAACCUUCAUGCCCAGGUCAAAUGGGGAAAUAUAUUAGUCAAAUUAUUUAAUAAGUAUCACAAGAAAUUGUCAUUGAAAGUUCAGUGGCGGCCUUUCUAUGAUACUCUGAUUAGUACACAUUUCACAAGAAAUCCAGGUCCAGAAGGGCUGAGAUUAAAACUUCGACAUUUUGAGACUAUUACUUCUCUUGUUCAAUCCUGCCGGAGAUUCUUCCCACCAGGUUCUGCCUUUGACAUAUGGUCUGAGUUUAGAUCUUUAGUCGAAAAUCCAUGGAAUAAUUCAUCCUUUGAAGGAUCUGGAUUUGUAAGACUAUUUCUUCCUACAAAUUUGGACAACCAAGAUUUCUUUUCAUGUGAAUGGAUUAAAGAGUGUUUAAACCUAUGGGACUCAAUACCAAAUUGCCAGUUUUGGAAUUGCCAAUGGGCUGGUGUUAUAGCUCGUACUGUAAAGAAUUGCAACUUUAUUGAUUGGGAAUGUUUCUUACCUACACUUUUCAGUAGAUUCUUAAAUAUGUUUGAGGUUCCAGUAGCAAAUGGACGUGGAUCAUAUCCUUUUCCUCUUUGUGUUCCCAAAAACACAAGUUUCUUGUUCUCCAAUAAAACAGUUACCCGAAUGAAGGCCAUUGCAAAAUCAAUUGUGUAUCUACUAAAACCUCAUGGUUCAGCGCAAGAGCAACUUGAGACAUUCAUCAACCUUUUGGAACAAUAUUAUCAUCCUUCUAAUGGUGGUCAAUGGACUUAUUCAUUGGAGCGUUUUUUGCUUCAUUUGGUAACUCAAUUCAAGAAGCGCCUAAAACAUGAACAACAGAAUCCAAAUAACAGUAGAUGUGCUGAACUGUAUCUGGGAAGAUCAGAGAGGACUAAAUUUGUGAAUGUGGUGCUCAAGUUAAUUGAUCGUGGUCAAUAUAGCAAGGACAAAGAUCUUUCUGAGACAGUUGCUGUUGCAACUUCUAUUUUGUCCUUUGUGGAGCCCUCCUUGGUUCUUCCUUUUGUGGCAUCUCGAUAUUAUAUAGCACUGGAAACGAUGACUGCCACCCACCAGUUGGAAGUUGCUGUGAUGUCCAUAGCAUAUGUUGGGCGUUCACUACUACUCACGUCCAUAUCAUCUUCCUCAAUAAACUCUGUUCAUCUUGAUGGUGGGAAUGUGUUCAUUAAUCUUCUGAUGGUUUCAUUGUCCAAUGCAUUACUUGGUAUGGAUGCCAAUGAUCCUCCAAAAACCUUGGCAACUAUGCAAUUAAUUGGUUCUAUAUUUUCCAAUUUGGCUUCCUUGGAUGAUAAUAUAGAUGGGUUGUUAUUCAUGCGAAUCAGCCUUUCUCAGUGGCUGGACGAGUUCUUAUCUCGCCUAUUUUCCUUACUUUUAUACUUGGAGCCGAGCAGUGUUCUGAAUGAAGGCCUAAAUUCACCAGCAACAUCAGGAACUUUUCUGGUCGAGUAUAGUUCUUACUACUAUUGCAUGCUUGAAAUAAUGCUUGGGAGACUUUCAAAAUCACUGUAUGAUCAGGCUUUGAGAAAAAUUUCCAAGUUUGUCAAGACCAAUACUCUGCCUGGGGCAAUUGAGGAGGUUGGACUGCUUUGCAGUGCAUGCAUCCAUUCUAACAGAGAAGAGGCGGUUAUUCACCUAAUUGAGCCACUUUUGUUGUCUGUCAUAAACUCCUUAGAAGAUACACCAGUUAUGGGAUUUAAAGAAGGGGAAAUUUCCAAAGCCUCAAUUUCAAUCAAGGCAAAACCCACACUUUCUCCAGCUCUUGAAACAACAAUUAAUUAUCGACUGAAAGUAUUAUCAAUUGCCAUCAGUUAUGGAGGUCCUGCACUUCUACGUUACAAGGAUCAAUUUAAAGAAGCUAUCACUUCUUCUUUUGACUCACCAUCUUGGAAGGUCAAUAGUGCUGGUGAUUCUCUUCUUCGAUCACUUCUGAAAAGCCUGACACGCUAUUAUCCUAUUGAUCAGUACAAGAGCAUUUUGUCUCACCCUGAUGCUGCUGCACUAGAGGAUUGGAUCAGCACAAAAGAUUAUACCAAUGGUGAACCAGUGAUGCCCCCCAAGUGGCAUAUUCCAAGUGAUGAUGAAGUCCAGUUUGCAAAUGAACUUUUGGACCUCCAUCUCCAAUCAGCUUUGGAUGAUCUUUAUAGAACAUGCCAAGCUAGAAUCCAUUCUGGCCCAGGAGACAGGAAUGAGCACUUAAAAGUGACUCUUUUACGCAUUGAUUCUUCAUUGCAAGGUGUUUUGUCUUGCUUGCCUGAUUUCAAUCCAUCCUCCAGGAAUGGCACAGUUGAAGAUCCAGAUCAUGCUCCUUUCUUAAUAGCUGGAGCAACAGGUUCAAGUGUUGGCGGCACUGAAUUACGGGAAAAAGCUACAGAGGUCAUACAUGCUGCCUGCAAAUACUUAUUAGAGGAAAAAUCAGAUGACAGCAUCCUAUUGAUACUUGUUAUUCGUAUUAUGGAUGCUUUAGGAAACCAUGGAAGAUGUUGGUAUGAUGCUUGGUCUGGGGAGGCUUGGAAUUUGGAGUCUGCUGCCAUUAAAGAACCUUCGAUAAAUUUUAUUGUGUCAUCAAAUUAUAAAGGAAAGAGAAGACCAAGGUGGUACCUUAUUGAUAAGGCAUACUUGCACAGUAUGUGGAGAGCAUUAAAGUCAUCCUAUAAUAAAUUUUGUGCAAGGGGGAAUUUCUAUCCAUCAAACCAUGUGAUUCUUUUAAUUGAUGAUCUUCUUAAGCUCAGUUUGCAUAACUAUGGAACUGUUCGCAGACUGGCUGGAAAAACUCUGUUAAAGAUGAUCGAGAGAUGGCCAUCUAUGAUUUCAAAGUGUGUUCUCUCACUUACUGAGAACCUACGGGAUUCCAAGUCAUCUGAACAUGUGGUGCUAGGUUCUUGUGCAGUCCUUGCCUCAAAAACAGUUUUCAAGCAUUUGGCAAUGGAUCCAAAAUCAUUUUGUUCAUUCAUCCGUGGGAUUCUUUUGAGCUCCCAUCAUGAGUCACUAGAAGCCCAGAAAGCAAUCAAUGAGCUUUUUGUUACAUACAACAUCCACUUCUCUGGGAUAUCUAGAAGCAUUUUCAGGACAUCAGAUUAUCAUAUAGAUGGAACAGAUUUUUCUAAUUUGGUUUCACAGAUUGUUUCCUUGGGUUCUGAUUCGAGCAGUUUGCAUUGGCGAUAUAAUCUGAUGGCUAAUAGAGUUCUGCUCCUCUUGGCUAUGACAUCUAGGAAUUACCUGAAUUCCUCUUCAGCAAUCCUGAGUGAUACUGCUGGUCAUUUCUUGAAGAGUUUAAAAUGUCAACUACCUCAAACAAGAAUACUUGCAAUCUCAGCUCUAAAUACACUGUUAAAAGAAUCUCCUUACAAAUUCUCAGCUGAGGAACAGCCUCUCUUUUCUGAUGAUUUAUGGGGAAACACUAAAUCAUCCCUUGAAGGAGCUCUGACUCGAAUUUUUCAAGAAGACGGUUUUUUUAAUGAGACAUUGAAUAGUCUCUCUCUUGUUCAUAUAAUCACUGAUACUGAAAGCACAUCUUCGGGAGGAAAUAAUGGAAAUUCUAUUUUUCAGAGCCUAACAGACAAAUCCAUUACUCGUUUUUACUUUGACUUUUCAGCUUCAUGGCCACGUACUCCUAGUUGGAUCUCUUUAAUAGAUAGUAAUUCCUUUUAUUCAAAAUUUGCACGAAUUUUUAAACGGCUAGUGCAGGAAUGUGGUAUGUCUGUUUUAUUGGCACUUAGAAGUACAUUGGAGGAGUUUGCAAAUGCCCAGGAGAGGUCUAAGCAGUGUGUUGCUGCUGAGGCAUUUGCAGGAAUAUUACAUUCUGAUGUCAAUGGUAUUUUAGGAGCAUGGGACAGCUGGAUGAUGGUUCAGUUGCAGAAUAUUAUUUUAGCACAGUCAGUUGAGUCUAUACCUGAGUGGGCAUCUUGUAUACGUUAUGCUGUUAGUGGAAAAGGGAGAUAUGGAACAAGAGUUCCUCUUUUGAGGCAAAAAAUCCUAGAUUGUUUAGCAACACCUUUACCUCCAAAAGUAACUACCACCAUAGUUGCCAAGCGCUAUGCUUUUCUAUCAGCUUCCCUUAUAGAAAUAUCCCCACAGAAAAUGGCUGCAGGUGAACUACAACUCCACAAUAAACUGCUAGAGGAGCUUCUUGGUAAUAUGUGCCAUUCCUCUGCACAAGUAAGGGAAACUAUAGGUGUCACUCUUUCUGUAUUGUGCUCCAACAUUCGGCUUUAUGCAUUGUCUGAUAAUCAUCGUUCACAUGAAGGGGGAAACAAUGAUGUCAAUAACCAACUUAUGGAAAGUUGGAUUGAGCUUUUAACAAAACGAGCUUCUCAAGUGUUAAUGAAUAUUCAAAAUGCAAGCCACAGUGUCACUUUGGAGACUUCAAGAGAUGUAAGUGCUCCAGACGUGCAGUUGAAUGGUCAUUCACAAGAUGAUGUGAAAUGGAUGGAAACGCUAUUCCAUUUUAUCAUCUCAUCUUUGAAGUCUGGAAGAUCUUCAUGUUUACUAGAUGUAAUUGUGGGACUUCUUUAUCCCGUAAUUUCUUUGCAGGAAACAUUAAAUAAAGAGUUGUCAGCAUUGGCCAAGUCAGCUUUUGAAUUGCUACUAUGGAGGAUUUUCUGGGAACCCCAUCUCCAGGAAGCUGUAUCUGUGAUUCUUUCUUCGGCUAAUGAUUCUAACUGGCGAACGAGAUCUGCUACGCUGACAUAUCUGCAAACUUUCAUGCAUAGGCACACUUUCAUUCUCUCACGUACAGAGAAACAAAAAAUCUGGAGAACUGUUGAGAAGCUACUUAAAGACAUCCAAGUGGAGGUAAGAGAGCAUGCUGCAGCAGUUCUAGCAGGCUUAAUGAAGGAUGGGGAUGAAGACCUAGUAAGAGAUUUCCGUGAUAGAGCUUACAAGGAUGCAAUUGCUCUUCGAGAGAAGAGAAAGCAAAGGAAUAUGAGUGGUGGUCAAUCUGUAGCCUCUAUUCAUGGUCCUGUACUUGCUUUGACAGCUUGUGUAUUAUCAUCCCCUUAUGAUAUGCCCAGUUGGUUGCCUGAGCAUGUUAUAUUACUAGCUUGUUUUGGGGGGGAGCCAUCACCUGUGAAAUCCACAGUUACAAAAGCAGUCGCAGAGUUCCGGAGAACACAUGCAGAUACAUGGGACAUUCAGAAAAAUUCGUUUACUGAAGAGCAACUUGAGGUUCUGGCCGAUACAUCCUCUUCAUCAUCGUAUUUUGCUUGAUCUACAGUGUAUGCCUAGUAAGAUAAAGGGAUUAGUUCAAGGUCCGCGUUCACAAAAGUAGUCUAAUUUUUUAUGCUGUACCACUUUGAGUAGCAUUGGAUUUGGUGAAAAAGAAACAAAUCAGAUUGACAGGAGCUUUCUACACACAUUGAAAUAUUUGCUCUUAAAAUCUUUAUAUAAAUGAACUACUGCUUAGGAGUUUGGGCAGUCUCCCGUCUUAUUGAGACAGACCUCAUUUAUUAGAAUGUAAUUUGUGGGAAGACCUCUUGUAUAUGACAAACUACUUUUGAUUUUUUAGACUGUAAUUUGUAGCAGCAAGCCUUUUUGUAUACAAUAUUCAGUUUACUUGGGACAUACUUCAUAUUAAUUUUUUUAGGUACUUGCAAGAAUAAGAAGAUAUAGUUGAAACAGAAAUGACUGGAAAUAUCAGCAAGAGAUAGUGCAUUUAUUGAUAGAAA